GCGCGGCUGGAGCAGCAGCGGCAGGGUUUCAGUGCGCAACGGAAAUUGCGUGGAUCAUUUCUAAGCGUGUGAGUGUGUGUGAGUGUGUGUGUGAGUGGUGAACUUCUGGACAGAGUGGUCAACUUUGUUCUCUGGAGAAGAGAAAGUCAGGAAGCCUACCAUGUCGGCCCAAAUCAUCAGCGGAAAAGAAGUCUCAGCCCAGGUGCGAGAGAAGCUGAAGAAGCAGGUGGAAGAAAUGAAGACUCAAGACCCAAACUUCAGACCAGGCUUGGUGGUGUUACAGGUGGGAAACAGAGAGGACUCAAACCUGUACAUCAGCAUGAAGAUGAAAGCUGCUGCUGAGAUUGGAAUCAAUGCGAUGCACGUGAGGCUUCCACAGACCGCUACUGAAGAAGAGGUCCUGCAGCGCAUCAGAGAGAUCAAUGAGAACUCCAGUGUGCAUGGGCUCAUAGUGCAGCUGCCUUUGGACUCCAUUCACCGCAUUGACACUGAGAAGGUCACCAACGCUGUGGCACCAGAGAAGGAUGUAGAUGGUUUGACUAGCAUUAACGCAGGGAAACUGGCCCGGGGUGACCUUGGAGACUGCUUCAUUCCCUGCACUCCCAAUGGCUGUAUGGAGCUCAUUAAACAGACAGGUGUAUCCGUGGCAGGAAAACGGGCAGUUGUGAUUGGCCGCAGUAAGAUUGUGGGUGCACCAAUGCACGACCUCCUGCUCUGGAAUCACGCCACUGUUACCACCUGUCACUCAAAAACUGCUGACCUGGCAGCUGAGGUGGGAAAGGCAGACAUCUUGGUGACCGGGAUUGGGAAACCGGAGAUGGUGAAGGGCGAGUGGGUGAAGAAAGGUGCUGUAGUCAUUGACUGUGGCAUCAACCAUGUUCCAGACAGCACCAAGCCAAGUGGGAAGCGGGUCGUAGGUGAUGUUCACUUUGCCACUGCCAAGGAGCAAGCAGCCUUCAUCACGCCUGUCCCGGGUGGAGUCGGCCCCAUGACUGUCGCCAUGCUCAUGCAGAAUACCGUACUGAGUGCCAAGCGCUUCCUUCAAGCACAUGAACCAGGCAAAUGGAACAUCUCUUAUACCAAGCUCAACUUGCAGAGACCCGUUCCCAGUGAUAUCGUUAUUUCCCGCUCCGGUAUACCCAAGCCCAUUGACCGUCUGGCCAGAGAGAUCGGGCUUCUCUCGGAUGAAGUCGAGCUCUAUGGCAAGACCAAAGCCAAAGUCCAGUUGGAAACUAUUGAUCGAUUGAAGUCCCAGGCUGAUGGCAAAUAUGUGGUUGUUACUGGGAUCACUCCUACACCUCUUGGUGAGGGGAAAAGCACCACUACGAUAGGGUUAGUGCAGGCUCUUGGUGCUCACCUCAAGUGCAAUGUGUUUGCCUGCGUGCGCCAACCAUCUCAAGGCCCCACGUUCGGCAUCAAAGGUGGUGCAGCUGGAGGUGGCUAUUCUCAGGUUAUUCCCAUGGAAGAGUUUAAUCUUCAUCUCACUGGUGAUAUCCAUGCCAUCACUGCUGCAAAUAACCUGGUGGCUGCUGCCAUCGAUGCUCGUAUGUUUCAUGAAGCCACUCAGUCUGAUAAGGCACUUUUUAACCGCCUGGUGCCGCUAAGUGGAGGCCAGAGGAAGUUUUCCCCUGUGCAGAUCAACCGACUCAAAAAACUGGGCAUUGAGAAAACUGAUCCGUCCGCACUGACAGAGGAAGAGAUCACUCGCUUUGCCAGGCUGGACAUUGACCCUGAAUCAGUCACCUGGCAAAGAGUGUUGGACACAAAUGAUCGAUUCCUCCGGAAGAUUACCAUUGGCCAAAGCCCCACUGAAAAGGGCUAUACCAGAGCAGCUCAGUUUGAUAUCACGGUGGCCAGUGAGAUCAUGGCUGUGUUGGCUCUCACCAGUAGUCUGGAGGACAUGAGGCAGAGGCUUGCUAAAAUGGUGGUAGCAACCAGUCGCAGUGGAGAGCCCAUCACCACAGAAGACCUGGGUGUGUGUGGAGCACUGACAGUGCUAAUGAGAGAUGCCAUCAAACCCAACCUUAUGCAGACCCUAGAGGGAAACCCUGUGUUUGUUCACGCCGGCCCUUUCGCCAACAUCGCCCAUGGAAACUCCUCCAUCCUGGCUGAUAAAAUCGCUCUGAAGCUUGUAGGGCCUGAAGGAUUUGUGGUAACUGAGGCAGGCUUUGGUGCAGACAUCGGCAUGGAGAAGUUUUUCAACAUUAAGUGUCGUUACUCCGGGCUGCGUCCUCACGUGGUGGUGCUGGUCGCCACAGUGAGAGCGCUGAAGAUGCACGGGGGUGGACCAACAGUCACAGCUGGCAUGCCUCUUCCAAAGGAAUACAUAGAAGAGAACCUGGAGCUGGUGGAGAAAGGCUGCAGCAACCUGAGGAAGCAGAUCGAGAAUGCCAAGCACUUUGGUGUGCCAGUUGUUGUAGCAGUCAAUGCUUUCAAGACAGACACUGAUGCUGAACUGCAGCUGAUCUGUGAGCUGGCUAAACAGGCAGGAGCGUUUGAUGCAGUGCCCUGCACUCACUGGGCAGAUGGGGGUGCUGGAGCCACUGAGUUGGGCAAAGCCGUGCAGAAAGCUGCAGAAGCACCCAGCAACUUCAGCUUCCUGUACGACACUGAGUUGCCUGUCGUUGAUAAGAUCAGAAUAAUUGCACAGAAGAUUUACGGAGCAGAUGAUGUCGAGCUGCUCCCAGAAGCCCAGCAUAAAGUGGAGCUAUACACCAAACAGGGUUUUGGCAAUUUGCCCAUCUGUAUGGCAAAGACCCAUCUGUCUCUUUCUCAUGAUGCUGAAAAGAAGGGUGUGCCCACUGGCUUUGUGCUACCUAUUCGUGAUAUUCGUGCGAGCGUUGGUGCUGGGUUUCUCUACCCACUGGUUGGCACGAUGCCCACCAUACCAGGCCUCCCAACACGCCCCUGUUUCUACGACAUAGAUCUGGAUCCAGUGACUGGAGAAGUCAUCGGCCUCUUCUAACAGAUGCUGAAUUGAAUCCCCCGUAGGCACACUUCUGAACCAGAUGUUUGUAAUGGUUUAAUUAGGAAGCUAUAUGAGUUAUAAUCAUUUCCUGAUUGUUUCAUAGUUUGUAAGUGGUCUUCAUAGUUGUUGGAUCAGUAUUACAACUAUAAGAGUGUUCUGCUAUGGAGAGAUGUUCUUAGAACUGACAAACUCUCAGAGCCAGCAAAGCCCUAAAUAUUUACAUUCAAUUAAAUGGGAAUGUAAUUUGUAUGUGAUGGGUGGAAUUAUUCCAACGUACAAUCGCUAAAGCCCUUCUAACUGGCCUUGAUUUGAGCAAUUAUGCAUUUUAUGUACAGUUAGUUGACACAAUGUUGAAAGCAUGAGACAUUGUGAAAAAUUCACAAAGUAGGUCAACAGACUUGGUUAGACACGUAAUCAUGUGCCCAUUAUAAAAACAAAUUAAAUCAAAGUGCAGCAUGGGAAAUUUAAAAAUUAGCUACUAUCACAUCACCUUCCCCAUUGAAUGUAGUUAAAUAUGGAGCUGUAUUUUUUUCUGCCAAUUUGGAGCAUUUUUAAAUUCAAAGUGCAUCACGAAUAAUGACUACUGGCAAUGUGCUUGAGAUUGUACGAUGGAAUUUUUCAGUAGAACUGUGUUAAAACAACAGUUUAAUAUGAACUAUUAGGUAUAGAUAUUAUUACACUUUACGUUAGGGAGGAAUACUCUGGAAAUUUAGACACAGGAAAACAAAACCAAGUUCAUCUGCAAGCAAUGUGAAUCAGAAAAUAUGAAAUAGUUAAGAAGGGCUUUUUUUCUUCAUACAUAUAGCAUUCCUUUAAUGGUACACUACAUGAUAAAUGAUCCACUGUAUUAAUUCUCUGUUACUCUUUGAACUGACAAUUUCAGAAAUGUACCUGCCAUGCAAGUGAAAUUUACACAGUCAUCAUUAUGUAGUACUGAAGAUGGUCAUAUGAUGACUAAACAUGGCUUAUGUAGGCUGGUUUAAAGACAAAGCUGAGGACUGGAAAAAUUGGGGACAUGCCCUCAGUUCUAUUCCAAACAAACUCUUUAACGUCCAGGUUUGUAACUGAAAGAACUAAGAACUGUAAAGAGUUUAUAAACUGUUCACUGUUAAAAGUUUCUCCUAUGUCUUAACCUUGACUUUUUUUCUUCAUGGAAUUUUUUUUCUGGAAGUCUGACAUGGUGUACAUGUCCUUUGAAUGUCUGAAUCACUGUUGUCUUUUUACAAAAUGAAACAUUUAAACCUAAAACUGGAACCCCAUCUCCAUUCCGACAGUCUUGUUAAAUAAAGGCAUAUCCCUUAAA